AUUUUUAUUUUUAUUUAUACACAAUAGAGUUGCUCGAAUUAGAUUGAUUGGAAUUUGAGAAAAAUUAGGAAAAAGUACAACACUAUGGAGUUAGAUUGGCAAAAUGGGUUUCAACUAAUUAAGGAGCGUGGUCUCUACUUACUACAAUCUGAAAAGUGGUCCGAUUGUAGAUUUCUGGUAGGAACAGCACCGAAUCAGAGGAUGCUCGCUGGGCACAAGCUAAUUUUGGCAAUGUCCUCGCCUGUUUUUGAGCGAAUGUUUUAUGGUAAUCUUCCGGACGAGAAUGACCCAAUUUUAAUACCCGAUGUACAGCCCGAUGCUUUUUUGGCAAUGAUGGAGUAUAUAUAUUCUGAUCGUAUUAGCAUUAGCUCAUUCGACAAAGCUUGUGAGCUGUGUUAUGUUGCUAAAAAGUAUAUGUUGCCUUACGUGGUAGAACAAUGCACUCAUUUUCUAUGGGCAGAUUUAAGUCCUAAAAAUGCCUGUCGUGCGUAUGAGUUUGCAAAGUUGUUUGAUGAACCGCGUUUAAUGCAGAGUAGCAUGAGUAUUAUAGCAGCGAACACACGCGAUGUGCUAGAAGAUCCAAGUUUCGUAGAUAUAGAGAUGUCUACAUUAAUGGCAAUUCUUGACCAAGAUAGAUUAAAUAUUACAUCUGAAUUGGAGCUUUUUAAUGCAUUAGUAAAAUAUGCUACUGAACGUGGACUUUUUAUAGAAAAUGACGGCUUGCAUAUGCAAUCAUCAUCAAGUUUUGAAAAAGGCUCCAGGCAACAAUUAUCAGUUAUAGAAAGUGAUACUUCUGACGAUGUUGAGAUAAAAAUGGAACCGGGAGUUUCAAAUAUUCUGCAACACCAACAGGAAAACAGCUUCUCAUCCCAUGUAGUAGAGGACGUAGUUGUCGUUGAUAGUGACACAUCCGGAACGUAUGACGAAAAAGAGUGUACGCGGAAAACUACACCUCCUUCUGAGUCAAAUAUGAUGACUUCUUUCUCAAAUUCCAGCAACGAAAUUGAUGAGUCUCUUAUACGUCAGGCUACUCAAAAAAUUCGCUUCCUCACACUCACACCUCAACAAUUUGCUGAAGGUCCCGCUCGAUCUAAACUACUUAAACAACAUGAAGCUCUUGCUAUCCUUAUUAAGAUUUCAAGCCCAACUAUUAACGACUGCCCAAUGCCAGAAGGAUUUUGCAGUUCGAGAACAAGCCGUGAAUAUUAUGAAUCCCGCAGUCAACGAGACUUAUCAUCUUAUCGCCACUCAGUUCCUUCGAACGCACCAGCUUCAACAAGUUUUGCACCGUUUGAAACUUUUAUGACUAAUACAGCUUCUAAUGUUUCGGCUGUGCCUCCAUCGGCAUCUUCAAGCAAUUUAAGUACCUUCCAAGGCGGUAGUGACACUGAUUUAGCAACAAACGAUACACGACGUUCUUAUUGCGUUCGAACACUUAAUCAACAAUUUGACUAUAGAAACACGAGUGUGACUGACUGCGGACUAACCUUUCAAGUGGAUAGUAAUAUAUGGAUAACAGGCGUUCAGGUGCCCACUCAGGUCCUUUGCGGAGAGCUUAUGAAUUCGGCUGGGUUUUCUGAGCGAUAUACGGAGAUUUUAUAUGCACACAUUCAAGAUAUUCAAGGUUCCAGGCUUACAUAUACCCACUGCACAUCUCGUGUCCGGUAUGAUUCUUUGCUGGAAAUAACAUUUGAUCGCCCGGUGUAUGUUUAUCGUAAUUUGAUAUAUAAAGUAUAUGUUGUGUUCAACAAAGUUGGAUGGUAUCCAAUGUAUACCUGCGUUCCCGACGUAAUUUGCAACAAGGUAAAAUUCAUGUUUAAUGUAGGCAAUCCUAGCGAAUCGGUAAGAGAUGGAUUAAUUCGAGCAAUUGUGUUUUCAACACCGCAAGAGCAAUCGAGGUGUGUAAUGGAAUAAAUGUCGAUAUCUAUGGUAUUCAUACAAAUAGAUUUGUU